AUGUCGGAGUCCGUGGCCAGGAACCUGCUAGAGGACUGGUGCAGGGGCAUGGGAGUGGACAUCCACAGGUCCCUGUUGGUCACUGGUAUCCCUGAGCACUGUAGCCACGCAGAAAUUGAGGAGACCUUGAAUGGGGUCCUUUUGCCAUUGGGCACAUACCGUGUGCUCAACAAAAUGUUUGUGAGGCAAGAGAACGCGAAGGCUGCUCUCGUUGAGGUUAGCGAGGGUGUGAACCUGAGCGCUAUACCCCGGGAGUUCCCAGGGAGGGGCGGUGUCUGGAGAGUGGUCUGCAGGGACCCCACCCAGGACGACGACUUUUUAAAAAAUAUGAACGAAUUCCUGGAUGCCGAAGGGCGCACUUGGGAGGAUGUGGUGCGCCUCUUGCGGCUUAACCGCAGCCCACCACUCCCGAAUCCAAACCAGCCUCCACCGAACUGGGCAGAAGCCUUGGCCUUGCUCCUGGGCGCGGUAGUGCCGGUCAUCUUCUACAUGGAAGCUGCACUCCGUCGUCAUCGGGAGGAAAAAGUGAGGGCUGAGGAGGCUCCCGGGGCUGAGUUGACGGCAGCUUGGGCUUCCACAGAGAGGAGGAGAGUACAGAAGGAACCCGGGCUGGGCGUGGACGUGGGCUCAGCUUUCAAGAUGGAGGGCCGAAACUACUGGAAGAACACAGAGGACCAUGGCGACCCUCCAAAACCUCUACUUUGGAGGGCUGGAGGUAAGAUUCACUCCAGGAGAAAGAAGCAGAAAAAAAAUCCUAAGCAAGAACCAAUAGACUGGAGAAAACCCCAGGGCAGCAACUACAACAGCAAUUACAAUAAGGCUAAUUCGGAAGCUGCGACCGCCCAAAGCUCAGAGGUCCCAGAGUCUGUGGAGAGCAACGAAAACCCCUUUGUGAAACAGGAGGAGACAGGUUGGAGGAAGAAAAGAGUCUGGAGGGAUCCCAGCGAUCUUCCUCAGAGUGGGCUGCCCACAGCUGACAGCCCCAGGGAUCUAGAGGAUUCAGAUCAAGAUGGUGGACCCGAGAACACCCCAAAGAAGAAAGCCGUGAUCUGGGUCUCUAACAAGAUCCCUGCUGCCACGAGGAAGAGGAAGAGCUGGGGUGCUCUCUCCUAUGUCCUGCUUGAUUCUGAAGGCAGCAAGAACAACACAGCGAUUGGAUCCAGAAGAGCUGUGUGGGUUCCUCAGGGAGCCCAACCCGGCGGGGCUCAGAAGACCAAGCGGGGAGGCUUCCCUCGGGUCUCCAAAGGUGAAUGCAUUUAG